AAUAAGCUUAAAACUGAAAAACUUGUCGCGGAUAUAAAAACCAGAACUAAACAAUGUCAAACAAUAAGGAGUCGUACCAAGUGCUAAACGCCGAACUAAUGGCCGAAGUGCAGAAGCUGCGCCUGCUGGUCGCUGCCUACAAGCGACAGGUGACGACCCUUGUGCGGGAGAAUAUGGGGUUGCGGGAGGCGCAGAUUCUGCAGGGCGGUUCCGGCGGUCAGCAGCAGAGUUCACCCAACGGAGUUAAGAACAUGAUGUGGCGCUGGAAAUUCAACUCCAGCUGUCUGGGUACUUCUUCGGUGUCUCGCCCGUCCAAGGCCAAUAGUCGCCGCUACGGCGACAUAGACAUCGCUGUGGAAGAAGCGUCUGAAAUCGGAAGACCGAAGAUUGCGACACCGCCAGUAAAUCCAACCAUUCAUGAGGAUGGCGUCCCCAGCGAUGAGGACGACGGAUGGAAACCGAAGAACAGGGAUUCGAUAAUGCGCAAAAUUGCCCGCUUGUGUGGGCGCAGGGUCAAAUUUCUGUGAUUGAUUCGAGGAGAUCUGGAAAGGUUGAUCCGGCUCUAAUGUUGGUCCCAAGGAGCUAUCCCCAAAAGCCAAGAUGCAGCACAAUAAUUUAUAGUCCACAUUUGAAAUAAACAUUUAAACGUCAUAAGACGUAAUAUUUAA